AUGGACAAGGUCAAGUCGGCAGUGAAAUUGUGUAAGGAUACAGCAGAAGCAGUAGAAGCAGCUCUUUUUAAAACCUGCGAAUCAAAUCCAAACUCACCGAAAUAUAAGAACUGGACCAAGAUGUUUAUAGAGAACGUGACAGAUUGCCGUAAUAAGGGUUUUUAUUAUCGAGUGUUGACGGGUGAGAUUUCUGUAUACAAGGUGGUGACGUUGGAUGGAGCUGAGAUGGCAAAACCCGAAUACUCAACUUUAAAAUCUGAUGGAACGGGUCUUGAGGAAGCAAACGUCGGCCGCGCAGAAGCGCCUGCAUGCUUUGCUGAUACAAGUGAGACUAGACAGGAAGUACUGGCACAUGGUGUCAAGGAAGACAUUGUCGAAAUUGAAGACAAUAAGGCUUCACAUUGUCCUAUGUCAGAAACUAACUCAUUGAAAAAGUAUUCAACGAAAAAAGCUAGUUCAAAGAGCACCGAUUUAUGUUCCAAUAAAAACGCCAAGACUGCGAAGCAAUCUUCAAAGCGGUCCGAUAUCCAGAAAACGACAUCAGUUUCGACUUUGGAUGUCAUUCUCGGAGAUGGAGCGAAAGAUACAACCGAACAGCAUCUGACAAAGCAGAAACUUCAAGCUGAAGCCGAAAGAAAGGAAAGGGAGGAAAAGGAAAAACAGCGUGAGGAAGAUAGAAGAUUUAGAAAGGUUGGUGAUAUCUCUGAUUAUACGAUACAGUCAGUGUAGAA